GAACCCACUACCAGACAAUGACUAAUAACGGGCUCCAACACCAGCCCACUGCCACCUUUCCCAGAGCAGAAUCCAACCCUCCCGCUGUCACGUGACUUCCUUACCUGGGCCACGCCCUCUCUUCCGCCGAGAAGCCAAUCGCUUUCCUCGCUCACAUCCGGGCCGCGCUAGUCCCCGUGUUCGGCGGUUGGAGGUAAGCGGGAUAGAAGGGUGGGAGAGAGAGAUUUGCACUCGGCACCCCUCCUCCCCCCUCGCUCCCCUUUUGCUCGGUCGGAAGCCGUGUGGGGCGGACGCGCUGUGCAGUAUAAGGUCAGCUAGACGGUGGCAGGAAGGGUUCAUGUCUGUUGGGGUGGACAGAGCUAAAAGAUGACCCCCCCCCCCGCACUUGCCUCCUGCCGGUUAGCUCUGAGUAUAACAACCCCCUACCGGGCAUUAUCCUUCAUAGAGCCCGCUGGAAACGGGAGCUUAGGGAGAGUUGGGCAGGUCACACCCAUAGCGGCUUAUAUGGUGACUGGGGAGAAAACUAUGUCACAUUUCAACGGAUUUCUAUGGGCAGAGAGAGAGCAACAGGAAUGCUGAGUCUAAUUAUAAAGCCAUCACAUUUAUUAAAAGUCUUAGACAGAGCAUUCCUGCACAAUACAGAAAUAAGUAGAGAUCUAUAACUCAUGGUAUUUAGCUUGUUUGGUGUCAGACCAUGCUUCAUGUUCUAAAACCAAGAGACUAAGGCAUGAAUUAGUGUUAAGCUGCAGAAGGGGGAAAAAAACAUGCAUAGAAUGAGUAUUGUGAGUUAAUAUUAUUAUUAUUAGUGGUAUUUAUAUUGCACCAGCUUAUUAAACCUUGUAGAUAUUGUGUAAGGUGGUCAUCCAAUGCUAGACAGUUUUGGAGACACCAUAUUCUGUGUUUUUAGAAGAGGAGUCGUUCCUCCAAGGAUGGAGUGGGAUAGGUAAUGCAUUAAAAAUGUUUCUGCAAUGAUGUCUCUUUAUACUCAAGGAAGUAACCAACAUCUGUCAGCCAGUCUUGGUCUACUCGUUAAUCUUAUUUCUAGUGCCGUAGUAUCCCAUAACUUCCUGCUGCUUUAUUGGCGUUAGCCGUAGUAAACCGUAUAGUUGAAUAACAGUUUGCGCACGAUUCUUCAUCAUGAAUUAAAAAACAAAAAGGUGUUCACACAACUGAAUUAAAGAUGACGGUUUCCAUUUCAAAUUUUUCUUUUUAUCUUUUUUUUUUUUAGUAAUGAUUUAGAACUAGAUAUUUCCCCCCCCCCCUUGAUGCUAAGUGAAUUCUUGCAACGUAGCUUCCUUAAGUGACAAAAUAUUUUAACAUCAUUACUUCAUCCUUCUGUGUCUGAGAUAUCACUAACCUAGCCAGGGUGUUAUACAUUUCCUAGCACUUUACUCCAGAACAUAUUGAGUGAAUAAGCACAGCUCAAACUUUCCAGUGGAUAUUCAACAGUGGUGAGUGUGUCUCUGAACCAGUGCAUUUUUGAAAGCAGCAGCAUCUUAACAAUACCUUUCGAUAUCUGCAGUCACCAAGAGUUACAUUAAACAAUAGAGGUGGGCACCCGCAUUUUAAAGCCUAUCUCAAAUUGGCUCUCUGUAGGGAGUACUCCAAAUUUUGCAACAAGCUGCCAGCAUAUUCCUGAGAAGCUGACCAAUUUACAAUGGAGAGAGAUCACGAGUAUGUAAAUCUGCAAGGACACUUAAAGGGACAUGCAUCACAAUUAUUUAGUGAAACCAAUAUCAAACCAAAAAAAGCAAGAAUACAGAUGAAAAGUAUCUUCUAAACAUUUAGAAACAGUCAGAUUGUGUUGCUGGGCACGUCUCUCAGCUAGGGGAGUUUCUUCAUCUCCUACCCACCUCCGUUUCAGACUAGUCCAAUAAUGGCAGAAACAGCGCAUCAUUGCAUGAGUCACACUUAGACUUGGACUCCCGCUCUUCUCACCCUAUCAGAAAUCAGGAUGUUUCAAGGUAAGGAAGAAGCACGUAAAAAUGAAAAAAUAUUUUCCUGUUUUUUGUUUUUUUUAAGCCUUGAGAAUAAGACAACUGUAAAACCUUUUAAUGUCAGUUGUCUCAAAUUGAUGCAAGCUCCUUUUUAACGGUAAUUAUUAAUCAUAGGAAAGGGGUAGGGCCUGCCUUCCUGUACAGAUGGGGGAUCUCUUUCAGAGCUACAUAACUGCAGGCACAUUUUUUUGCCUACAUUGGUGGCAAUUUCUAAGCUGAACCCAUAAAACAAACCCUGGGGAGCUUGACUAUAGUGCCUCUCAAAACGAUAUGGGAGGAGGCUGAAAAUCUAAGCAGAACUUCAUGGUGGCCCUGAUUUUUCAAAGCCAACUGAAGACAGAUCUAACACAUGCUGGAGACUGGUACUCUGACUUGACACAUUCAAGAUUCAUCUCCUCUCACCAAAAAAGACAUGAGGGAUCAAUUACACUAAUUCAAAACAUACAGGGAAAUGGAAUAUACCAAACACAUUGCUCCUAUGAAGAAAAGGCCUGGCCGACCUUUCCAAGCGCACAUAUGAAGUUGAGAAGUUGGACAAAGUCACUACUGUGACUAAUUCACACAAGGUUGCCAGACAUAAGCUUUGAGAGCAAGUGAAAUUGCUUGAAGAUGCCCAAGAAGAUCUUAAGAAUUGCUCAAGUUGAAAUAAUAUCCCACUCCUGGAUGCUCCACCUGCAGAGCACCUUGUAGAUCAAGCCUACUGUGCCUUGAGCAACUUUUCUGUUGCUACCACUGUGACGAAGUGCCUUUCGCCACUUGGUCUUGGAGAGGCCUACUUGCCAGCCUCCUCCCCUGUGACUAUGACUCUUUCAUCUAUCUGGCUUUAAAGCCCCUAGUCUACCUUCAGACAGACUAUUUAUGUGGGCUGCUUUAUUUAUCCUAUGUUUUAGUCACCCUGUACCCAUGAUAGGUGCAGGGUGUGUGUAAUGUAAUUGUUUAUGGUGUGUGUGUGUACUGUGAAAUGUAUUGCCUUCUCUCCUGUACUGCUGAGGUUUGCUACCAACUAGGUGGGUUUGGCUAUGGAGCUGGUCUAGUGCCCUCUGUUGGUAGCAACAGCAAUAUGCACUACCUGAAUUGCAAGACUGGUUCAUUUGCAUAUUCGGGUAGAUUUGCAUAUUGCUAAUUCUGCAGGCAGGUGAGAUAUUUACUGUUAAAUAUUGUCUCCCCCCACCCCUUUAAAAAUGUGCCAUUGUGUUGUGAUAAGUCACUGUGUGUUUCUUGAUAUGGUUUGACUGUUUGUGAUUUUAUUGAGGUUUCACAACAAUGUUAUUGUGGUGUCUGUAUUGGCUGGUCCCAAGGGAAUAAAGGUUUUGACAGUUCUUCUUGAUCCCUCUAAACGUAGCCUUGUCUCGUUAUUGGAGGGAGCUGUUAUAAUCACACUGGGGAUUGCUAUGCUCUGCAUGUUCCCCUGAGCUUGAGUCACUUAGCUCUUUUAAGAGCUUGUUCCUGACACACUCUCCUUGGAGGAGGGGUCUUCACCACACAGUCCUGGAUGCUGGAGGUUCAUACAGGGUGGAAGGAAGAGUUCUUUCCCACACAGUCCUGGAGGACAGAAGCUGAUCCAGGGUGGAAGGAAGACGGCGAGACUCCAGUCAAGAUACUGCGGUUGCGGAGUCUGCGGUGGUUGUGGUGUCUGCUGCAGUGCUUGGAGACCUCAGGAAGCGCUAGGAGCAUCCAUCAACGGAGGGUACUCGGUCGGAGUACAGGGAGCUCCGUUACAACCACCCAGACACGAGACGCCAUUAUUCAAUUACAUUACUUUCCCAUCAAAAAGCACUUAUGUGAGCAGCCUGUGACUUGCCCCUGCAAGUUGAUGGACAUCCACUCCAAUUCUUCAAGAUCUGGCACCCAGUACCCCUCACAAAGUAUGACCACUUAAACCAAGCAUGUCAAACUCAAAGACUAACACAGGCCAAAUAACCAAAGAUUAAGUUUGUGUGCCGCAAAAAAAUAAAAAAAUUCAGCUUUCAUAGAAACAUAGGCUUAUUUUGAAAAGUACAGUAUAAAAAAGUUGCCUGACACUGGACGUCCUCACGCUCGUAGGACUUCAAAGUAAACAAAAGAGUGCAUUUGUUUUAAGGAGACAUGCAUUUGCAUAUAAUCAAUGUUUUUGUUCAACUACCCUGACAUAUUAAGAAAAGUUUGGUAAUGGGACUGAAAUGGUGAAUGUAUGCUGUUGCACAGGUUUAAAAAAAAUUUGUAUUCCCGGAUAGAUCACUUUCUCACUUCUCCCAGUCUGGUACCCUGAAUUACUGAGUUCUAGACUGGCUCCAUUACCUGGUCUGACUAUGCAGAUAUCUCUGCUGCACUAUCCAUUCCCAAAUUUAAACAUCCCUGGAUGUGGAGACUGAAUCCACUUUUACUGCAUGUUGGUGAAAACCAUUUAAAAAGACAUCACUGAAUACGUUGGCAUUAAUGCCAUCUCAGUUACUUCAGAUACUUUGUGGGGUGCCCAUGAAACAGUUAUAUGUGGUAAGCUAAUAAGCUUGGCUUCCAAAAAUUUUUUUAAAAAGCCUUCUGGCGACGGGGCUUACCAGUGUAUCUGCGUGGACACCAUCUGCCUCGGCUUUUGCCGACUCUGCACAAAUCUGAUCAAAAUAUCUCACUUCAGGGGCCAUCCAGCCCAGACAGACCUUGCCCUCUCUGCCGCAGAAGUCCCUGCAUCCAUUGAUUCCUUUCUUCCAAAAGCCGAGGCGCAGGUGUGUGGCUUAUAAAACACUUCCUUUCCUAACCAGGACUCACUGCGCAACAACUGCAACACACAGUCCGCCAGCCACAGUCCCCACGCAAACCAUUGGGCAGAAAACACAGAAGCCCUCACCCAGGGCUGUGCCUGAUUCCCGAGAUGUAGGUGCCAUGCUACAGAAGUAGAUAACCCAAGAUGGCGGCCAAGGAGAAUGCAGUCGGACCCACUAGGACAACAGUGGGACACUCUCCUACCGAGAGCAAGAUUUGGCAAUAUCUACUCACCUUGAAUCCCUGAUGGGAAAUCUUGCUACAAAACAGGAUAUCCAGAUCCUUUUGCUCGAUAUACAAAAGCUAUGAUAAGCACAGAUGUCCAAUAUCAUGGACCGUGUGAGGGUCACAGAGAAGGAUGUAAUGGACAUUCAUAGAGAGUUCUCCCAUAUGAAGGACUCUUUCCAGUCUUCUUCACAGACACACACCACCCAGCUCGGCACAAAUGACCAAAACAGGCCUGGUGAAUAACUGUUUGCAGACGAUUGGCAGCACUGAGUGGUCAAACGCCCUAUACAUUCGGGACUCACAACCUUCAGGUCUUUUACCAAGACCUGGCCAGAGCUACCUUACAGUGGUGCAGAUCCAUCCGCCACAUCACAACCCAGACACACCAGGAUACUACUGUGUUUCCUCCCAAAAUAAGACUGGGUCUUAUAUUAAUUUUUUUGCUCCAAAAAACACACACAGACUUAUUUUCAGGGGAUGUCUUAUAUUUAAUGUAAGGUACAAAUUUUUUUUAUUUAAAUACAAUCAUGUCUUCUUCUGGAACAUCAGUUUUAUUGGAGAAACACCGCAAACACAGCAACGUUUUGAUCCACACUCGGAUCUUUGAGAUGUUGCUGUGUUUGCCGUGUUUCUCUAAUAAAACUGCUGUUUGGAAAGGAUCCCAAGUGCCUGGAUUGUCUUCACUGUUAGGAAUGAGGGUUUGCCAGCCCUAGGUACAGAACAAUGAGGUCUACAAGUGACGAUAGUGCGGAUCUCUCCUUUGUUUGCAAUUCUUCUGGAACAUCGUCAAAGAUCUCCAAACCCCAAAUUCUGGCCUGAAUUUCUUGCGACUCCAUUUUCUGUAUAAGCUUUGUUCCCAAUCUCUCAUCUCAAGCAAAAUAGCUCUCCUUAAAUGAGCACCUUUCAUUCAUGUAGCCUGCUUGUAGUGCAUUGGCAACACAGCUGUCAGUGAUUUUAUGCCAUGAAUUCUUCACCCAAGUCAUGACCUCUAGCAGUCUAGGCUUCACAAAGUUUCCACACUGAUUUCUCUCCAUUCUAUUUUCAAUGUAGUCAUUGAUUUCUAUGCGCAAAUGGCCCUUGAAUGGCUUUUUUUUUUUUGCAAUAUCAAGAGUCUGGAAAUAGGCAUUCAUUCCUACAGGAAUCCCUAUUUGAUCUAUUCUUUUCUCUGCAAGGAAGUUCUUCAUGUCUUUAGCGCGGUUGGCUGAAUCUCAGACUAGCAGACUUCUUUGACCGCCUCACAAAACAAGUGGCAGCAAUAAAUCGACCCACUUUCUUAUAAUUGCUUGUGUGCACCAGGCUUUUUCAGUUUCAAGAACAUAAAUGCCUGAAACACAUUCAGUCUUAUCUUUCUUGCCCUUGAUGAUUAAAGGUGGGCUCUCUUUCCAUCCAGAUGCAUUUCUGAAAUACAGGUAACCCAUGGAGGGAAUGUAGAUUGAUGAGGCAACCCUCUGAUAAAUUGUCGUUUUAGUUCCUUGGCCCAUGAACACUGCAGUUUCAUCCAUUGCAAUCAUGUUGGAGAGUUGGUACUUAGAAAAGUCGAUGCGAUCAACAAAGGGCUUGAAUGCAAGUGCACGUUUAUUAACUUCAGUAUCUUCCCGCUUGAACAGUGUUGUCGAUGUUCUUAGAGACAGUUCAUUGAGAAAGUCAUCCAGCCAGUGUGGUGAUGCUUUGAAUUCUUCUGGGGAUAAUUCUAACUGUGGUGACAUUGCAAGAGCAAAUGCUUGAAUAUCAGCCGUGAGUGCAACCAAUGCCUUUGCUCUCCUGUCAGUAAUCCAUUCACAGAUGAUGCAUUCCAGCUCAGGAAAUAAUAGUUGCUGACAUGAUCCACACUUGCACUUCUUGGCAUGUCACUCGUCCACCUGUUGCUUGAGGUUAUCGUACUCUGCUCUCCAUUUUCAGGCCAUUUGAAGAUCCAUCUUCUCUUUGCAGAAAGCCGUAAGAUUUUUGCCCUGGGAGUCCAUCACUAUUCCUUUCUUGUACGCGACAGAAUAGCUCUUUCUUUUUGCACUUAUCUUGUCUGGGCAUCAUUUUUACAGGCUACUGUUCUUCCGACACUGUCUCAAAGCGAAUUCGCUGGUAAGUGAGGAUGCACUGUGGUAGCAAGCAUGUUCCAGAAAGCAGGUUUAUGUUCAGGGGAAUUUCCACAAACAUAAACCAGUUCACUAGCGCAUGGAAUCCUGCAAAUCUGUGUUCGGGGAAUUUUUCAUGCACUAGUAAACUAAUCUAUCUUCAAGGAAACCUCCCUGAAUAUAAAUUCUCGGGUUUCCAUAUGUUAGUUAACUACUCUAUGUUCAGAGAAAAUUCCCCGAACAUAGAGCAAACUAAUGCUGAUCUAAACUAGGGCUUAUUUUCGAGGCAGGGCUUAUAUUACAAGCAUCGCCUGAAAAUAAGCUUCCAAUGUGAACCACCAAGCCUCACCCCAUACAUGGGUUCCGGCCACUGUGGAGCCAAUUGUGCCUAUUGUUGGAGGGCCUGCAUCUUCAACCACCUGGCUACACCUGUUGUUAUUACUGCUACUCACAAUUGCACAAUUUGAUGUGAAGUGUUAUAUUCAUUUUUUUACAUUUUCUUUCACUCUAGCAAUUGUCUCUAGGUUCUACAGUAACCCUGUCUGCUUGACUUAUGUUAUAGCACAAUUAACCUAUGUAUGUGCACCUAAAUGGGAGCUGAUGUGGGUGGGGCCCUGAUGAGCAGUUACCUACCCACUUACUACUAUAGUACAUCCACUACUCUAUCGCUGGCAAGCAUCUAACCCCCCCUCCCACUGCCCGAUAGGGUAUGGGUAAUCUAAUAGGUGAUGUAUAUCAUUCCCCGCUAUGAGGGCUCAACCUCCCUUGUCCUGUUUUUCCUGGCUUUCUAUUGCUCCCCGGAUGAGCAGGGUUUGCUAAUCACCAUCCUGUAGCCUCUCCAUUACUUAAGGAGCCACCACAUGAUACUUACUGCAUGUACAAUAUAUUCCCCGAGCCUCACACGAACCCCUGGUGAUACUAGCAUUUUAAAUUCUCAGUCCUCUGGUACCUGUUUACAAAAAAAUGUUGAUUAUAUGACAUCUUUUAUGUUGCCGUGAUGCUAAUGUAUGCAAACAACUAUGUUGCAGUGAAACCAUUGUUAUGUACCUCCAGCACAACAAAAAUAAAGACCUUUUUAAAAAGCCUUCAACACAUCAGAUAUCAUCACGCCUAGAACCACAAACCUCACACAAAUGUCUGCAGCCAAAGACACCUUAGAGACUUACACUUGCAGACACUUUGGACAAAAUAAAAAUCUAUGUAAAGGGUUCUUUUAAACCCAAGAAGAGUCAUUGCCCAGAUGGUUUUACAACCUUGUGUUAUUAAGUGUUUACCGAACCCUUACUGACACGACUGUGCGGUUUUAAAUGCCAUAGUUAGUGGUGAACCCUGACAUGGUCAAUGCCAACUUAUGUCUUAUCCCAAAACAAGAAUAAUUAGGUGGAGUAGCACAAGAAAGUGUCAUAAAUCCACAUAUAUACAUUCAUAAUAGAUAUAAAUACAUUUAGAAUAUAUAAAUAUAAGUAUUUAUGACGCUUGAACAUUUCUUGUGCUACUCUACCUAAUCUUGUUUUGAUUAUGUUCAGUUAGUCACCCUAUAGUCUAUAGUGAUCCUGGACACUAUCGUUCUAUUUCACUUUUAAAUGUUGAGAUAAUUAUGACCAGCGUAAUAUCUGACAGACAAAAUCCAUAUCUCGAAGCGUUGGUACAUCCCUAUCAGGUUGGGUUCAUUCUGAACAGACAGGCUGAUGAUAACGCGCAGAUGUAUUGACCUGAUCUGGCACGCUCACCAUUAACAUCUCCCGAUGGCCUUGAUCUCCUUAGACGCCAAAAGGGAGUUGAUCAUCUGCUAUGGCCUUUCCUGUUCAAGGUUCUUACCCUUCUCAAAUUCCUGUUAGGAUUACUAAAUUUCCUCCAAGCCACUUGCCUCUCUCCACAGAGAUCUCUGCUACAACCAAAUAUCUCUCCUCCUUCCUUCCCUAUAACAAAUGGUACCUGACAGGGAUGCCCACUGUUCUUUUCGCAUUAUCCCUUGAGCAGAUAUCUAGACUUUUUAAAGUAGUACCUUUUUAUAUACUAGACUUUUAAAGUAGCUGUUUAUGCUGAUGUUCAUCUCACUCUAACAAACCCAGGUGCCUCUAUGGUGGCCUUACUAAAUCUUUUACACAGAUACUCAACGAUUUCAGGAAAUAAACUGAACUUGACCAAAGCUGAGCUGCUUCCGGUUAACAUAGAAUAGAAAUUCUUGAGUCAAAUACAUGAUAAUUUUACAUAUGCACAUCCAGUCUUACUAUCUAGACGUUUAGCGUCCUAAUGACCUUCACACUCUAUACAAUAUUCAAGAACUAUACCUCCCCUUUUGCAAAAACGAAACACACUGACUUGAAACGAUGGCGAUCUUUUGGUAUUUUGUGGCUGGACUAUGUUGCAUCUGAAAAAAAACUUGUACCCUAGAUUCUUUUAAAUCUUUUAUGUACUUCCAAUCAUUCACAGUAGAACACGUUUUAAAGACAUACAACCUGCAGUGGAUUAAUUUAUUUGGAGCAGGAGAAAGCCACAUAUACGCAUAAGCUCACUUUAUAUGCCCAGGGGGACUAGGGCUUUCCUACUUAUAUUCAUGCAACCCAAUUAGUGCAAAUACAACAGUGGUACAUACUUUGCAUUCUUUACACAUAUCCAACAGGCUGGCAUGUCCCCUUCCCUCUCCCUCCCCCCCCAGAAAUCCUUUCUUAUAGCACAACAACCAUGUUAUGUAUUUAGCGGAGCCUUGGCUACUAGAGAGUACAGGCAUCUAUUGGAUGUUCUCUUUCCAUAUAACAAAAGUAUCUUUGGGAGUACAUUGCAAUUUGCAUAUUUGUCAUUUAUUACUCUAUGUUCAUUAUGCAUGUAUUGUAUAUUUCAUUGUUAAAAAGAAAUAAAGAAGAAAUAAAUCACAGGAAAGUGAUAAUGUAUUGGUCCCGUAAUAUCGCAGUGAUUUACAUCUAAAUCAGAGGACAUGUAGUGCUGUCUUGUCCUUUCCCAGAGCUCAUACAUUAGUAGAAUGAGGUUUGCCAUUUUGUGUAACUUGGUCCUGACUAGCAGCACAGAACUUUUUGAGCUCUAGCAUAAGUAUUCUCUGGGACUGUCCAUUGGCGGUGCCGUAAUAAUGUAUAUGUUCUGUAUCCUCCAAAGGCCACAACCAUUGAACGGUUAAGACUAACUGUGACCCUGGAGCAGGAAGACGUGCAAAAGUCAUCCUGGGACAAUGAGGGCAUGCGUGAGGUGAGGAAGAAAGUAUAUUUAUGUGAUGAGAUUUGUUAUUUUUGUUCAUUAGAUUAAGCAAACUGCUCCAUGCCGAAUUCUUAUUUAAGCUGAAAUACAAAACUUCCAGCCAUUUCUGAGAUUUCAUCCCAAUGACUGUGUUCCAGGAAGAAGAAGCAGAUCUUUCAUACGAAGAAUUGCUGGCAUUUUAUGGAUACCAAAACUCAGACCCUUAUUCAGACUAUGAGUCAGAGGGCAAAGACUCUGACACCGAGCAACCCAGUGGAAGCUUAGAUUUGGUAAGAAUUUGGUAUGAAUUAACAGUAACGAAACAGAACCACUAUAGUCACCCAGACCUCUAGAGCUUAAUGAAGUGAUCUGGGUGCAGUGCUCCUGUCAUUCUCUUGUUUUUGUUUUUUUAAAUUGUAAUGUUUACAGCCUUAUAUUGCUGGGAUAUAUUAACCUCUGUUGGCUGUCUCCUAUAAAUCCCUAGAGGUGCUUUUGCUGCACUGAUCAAGUAAAACGUUGUAACGGACCGUUUUGCACAUAAGCGGUUAAAAACCGUUUAGGCGAUAUUCCUCUUUCUCAGCUGCACAGACAGCUACUGCAAGCACCAAUCUCCCGAACUGCAAACACACAAAUUCACCAACUACCGAACUGCAACCAAGGGAAUACUUUAAACUCCCGAACUGCAUACCAGGUAGCACUCCAAACUCCCGAACUGGAGACACACGAAUAGCUGUUAGCAGACGAACAAGAAAAGCCCCCAAGCGGCUUACACUCCUGGCAAUCAGUCUCUAACAGCAUACAGCAAAUCCCCCCCAAAGACGAGAUGACACUUCGUUUUGAGGGUCAAGCAGAAUCUGGUUUACUGGGGCUAACUGCCCGGCUUUUAUGCAGGUCUCCCACCUGGUGGACACUCCCCUAGGGGACCAGAUGGGAGACUGGGACACAAAGGGUACAAGAACCAAUCACAGACUUACACAUUUCAACAAUCCCAUAAUGUAUCACAAUCCCUCCUCUCUGUCCUGGAGAUAAUUGGGAAGUAAUCCAAUUAUCUCCAAGGACAGAGGCAAAACUCCAUUACAUACAUUUCCAGUAAAAGACAUAAAAUUACAUACAGUUACAUUUAUUACAUAAAAUAUAUACAUUCAACAUAUCCCCAGAUAGCUGAGAUCUGAGCACACAUUACUACCGAAUGGCGCUCAGAUCACAUACAUACAUUUCAAUCGCCAUGGAGCCAAAGUCUUACACAUAGUCUUUCGUUACACGAAAAGGCUCCAUGGCUUAGCUAUCUGGGGUGAUGCUGUUCAUCCGGUUAAAUUACCGAAUGAACAGUCAUUCGGUUCCGCUACCGAAUGGGAAGGUAAGGAGGCUGGCGGCUCAGUGGUGUUCGCGCCAAUAAGUGUCCGUUUUCAGUUCCAUAGUUUGGGCUCUGACCACCGCUGGCCGUUCGGGAGGUAACAUGGCCACUGCCACGCGUUCGGCAACCCAACAAAGGCCACCCAGCGUUCAUCAAUUAAGCUGCGGUUAACCGCAGCUUCUGGGUGGUAAAUUGACGGCACACUCCAGUUCCCAGGUGAUCCAUCGUUCGGUAGUUUGUUCGCUAGAUGGAAUCUACCGAACACCUGGGCAGAAAGGCACGAAUAAACCUUUCAGCAGGGAAAAUAACAGAACUGCAGGGCCAUAGUCUAAAGGGAGCAGGCGAGCAACCAGGCUUCUCCAGUGCAUAGUGGCGAGGUUGGUUCCGCCACAAACGUGUUCAUGUGACACAGAACCUCAUAGAAAAGCAUUAAAUAUAGUGCUUUCCUAUGGAUACGUUUGGGUGUGCACAGUGCUCACCACAUGUGUGAAUUAGGUCCCCAAUGUAUCUCUGAGGAUGGAUGGACCAAUGAUGGAGGAGGCCAUGCCUCUAUGAUGAUGGCACAUGAGUUGGAAAAGUGAGCACUCCGAGGAAGUUUUGACACUGGAAAAAGAUAAGUAAAAAGCUUUAUUUUAUUAAUUUUUAAUGGGUAUGCUAUGUAUACAAAGGGAGAGGGACACUAACAUUACGAAUACGGGUUUGUAAUCCUAAUGCUAGUGUUUUGUUUUUUAUUUUAUUUAUUUUAUUAUUUUUUUUAAACUGCUCUAUUUAAAAAUGGUAAAUAUAUAACUUUAAUAUUAGUGUAUCCCUUGGUUUAUUUAUAAAUUGGAAAAAGUUAUAAAUCCAUAAAAUAUACCAGCUAUCCAGAUCCAGAGCAGUCUCAUCAGAGCAGCUGCUUUGCCUCUGGUGAAGUCAUCGCCCUUGAUGAAUUUUCUCCAAUCUUAGAGAAGCAUUGGUUACCUAUGAAGCAAAUGCCACUCUUCCCCCAAUCGGAUGAAUUAACUUCGGCAUCCUCCCAAUUUGACACCCAAUAUGAAGAUCUUUUUGAGGAAAUGCCUUUAGUGUUUGUCAGUCCAUUAAAGGAACAUGAACGUUUUAGGAAUACAAACCUGUCAUUUGUUUUACGUAAUAAAAUUAAUGAUUUUCCUGACAUAUGGUGGCAGUACACCAGGGAUGUACUCUUCCCUGGGGCAAACAUCUGAAAUAAAUUCAAAUAAAAUGGUCCUCCCCCAAUAGGUACAAAACACAGACCUGCCAGGAUCCCUCCUUUCUCUUUCUAUUUGCAACAGGAAUGGAUGAGCAUUUGACCUGGGGGACCUGGCCUGCUAGCCUCCCAGGUGGAGAGCUGAGUGGCCACGCUUCAACCUGCAGGAUUACAGAGCAGGUAGGAGCUGCUGGUUUUAUGUCGAGUGCGGCCACCAGUGGAACAAGAAGGAAGUCCCUAGGAGCAGCAAAUCACUGCCCGGAGAAGGGCGCAUGCGCACAGUGCUGGAACGCACGCCCAGGAGGUUGUGUGUUCCACCAAAGUUCAAAUUGCACUACUGCGCAUGUGCGAUCUGAACUUCCGAAAUUUUACUUAUUUCAGAACAGAUCUCGGUGUCACCAGCCCCUCCACACGGGCCGGAGGUUUUAGAGGUGAGAUUAUUUCAUCUCAAACGUUAAGAUCUCUGCUAUGCUUUUUUUAUCAGCUUCUUAAAGGGAAAAAAUAAAUAUACAUGUUUUGUUUUUUGCAGCUAUGUUUAGUCCUGUCUCUCCUGAAAAGAUAAAGACAAAGUGCCAACUCUAGUGCCUAAAAAAGCUACAUAUAAAACAAGACAUAUGGUAUGUAGCGAAUUCUCCACACCUCUACCAGAUGGUACAAAGAACAAAGUUUGCAAUCCUUGUUCGUCCUUAACGCUGGAAAAAUCCAUGCAAUAGGACAAGAAAUCCUUUUUAUCCUGGUUUCAGGAUAACCUUGCUCAAACAUUUGAAUCCUUCAUAGAGUCUGCAACAUCAAAUGUGCCAGCUCCUGUGCAAGUAAUAACCACGAAAAAGCAUAAACGGAAAAGAUCCUCAUCUAGAUCUGAGUUGUCUUCUGGAGAAUGCUUGGUGUCUGCUUAUUCAGUCACAUCCAGUGAUUUUUUUUUUUUUUUACUACUGGAAUUUGUAUUCCCACACGAGGAAUUAAGAAGAUUGAAGGAAGUGAAUUUUACAUACCUAAUAUUUCAGAAGAAGGUAUUAAAAGGCUUUUCCAGUGCAGCAGCAAAUUCAAGGAACUCUUGAAUAGAGUGGAAAAACCCUGAAAUAAGGGUGUUUAUAUCUAGGCUCUUCAAGAAAAUAUUUACCGUACAAGGAGAAGACAAACGGGAAGACUUGCCAGUUGUUGAUUUACAAAUAGCUCAAUUGUCUAAAAAAAAUCAUUCCUAUUGGGGAAGUGUCUGCUUUAAAGGACCCGAUAGAUAAGAGGGCUGAAACCUCUGGCAGACUGGCUUACCAAGCAGCUGGUUUUCAAAGUAAGACCACUAUUGCAGGAGCUUUCGUAGCAAAAGCUCAAACCUACUAUAUUUUGUAAAUAGAAUAUUGCCUAGCAGAACAACAAGACAUGGAUCUUGCUCACCUGUUCCAAAAUCUUAAAUUGUCUGAGUGUCUUCUGGAUAUGAUCACAGAAGUGGUCAAACGCUCGGCUCGUAUAAUGGGAUUAAGCUCUGUGUCCCGUACAGCCAUGUGGCUUAAAGUUUGGAGAGCCCUUAGCUCUCUGUGAACUUCCAUUGGAAAGGAAGAAAUUAUUUGGAUCGCCAUUGGAAGAAUUGAUUCGACAGAUGUCAGAAACUAAAAAGGCCCUUCCUCAAGACAGGAAAUUUUCCUGGAAGCCUGGAUAUAAAAACUUCCAGUAUAAAAAACGUAGAGGAUAUCAAGAAAGAUCCCGUUUUUUUUUUUCAUGGACAAAGAUAAGAUCCAAAAUUCGAUAACCGCAAAGACAUCAGAACCGAUAGUUAAGGGAUUCUGACACCAUAAGGAAGGAUAAGGCGACAAACCACGACAAAUCAAUAGAUUUGAAAUCUAGUGGCAGAGGGGUACAAAAUCAAAUUCUCGCAUACUCCAAGACCAAAUUUCCUAGUAUUCUUGUACCAAUCAAAAUUAAAAGAACAAGCUCUGUUUUUUGCCACGGUGACACUAUUAAAAAAAAAGGGGUCCUAGAGAGCAUUUCAAGGAGUUUACUCUCGCUGGUUCCAAAACAAGGUAUGUCCUUCCGUCCCAUUCUAGAUCUGAAAGGUAUAAACUGCAUGAUACCAUAUCCACAUUUCAGAAUGAAAACUAUUGCGUCUGUGACGCAUACACUGCAGAAAGGAGACCCGAUGGCUACACUGUAUUUAAAAGAUGCAUAUCUACUCAUACCUAUGAAAAAGGUCUCAAAGAAAUAUCUAAGGUUUGCUAUAAAAAAGGGUUGCAAGAUUUAUCACUACCAGUUCAAAGCCCGAAGGCUUUAGCUCCUAUCACCUUGGUCCUAAGGGAAGAAGGUAUUGCCAUCAUUCCAUACUUAGACAACUGGUUUAUCAAAGCAAGUUCAAGAAACGCUCUGGUAAGAGAUGUAAAUUACACAGAAUAUUAAAUGAGCAUGGUUGGGUCAUAACCCUAGAAAAGUCGCAACUUCAACCAACCAGAAUCAUUUGUGGUAAAUUACCAAACUCUAUAAAUUAUGUACGCAUACACAUAUAAACUCUGGUCCGUCUAUUUUAGCAAAUAUUUAUUCAGAGACAAAACAACAACAACAACAACAUACAAAUAAUGACACACAUUCUAACUAACUAACUAUACCAGCAACAACAACCUAACUAACAAUAACUACAUCUUAUAAAAUCCCACUCACAGUUCACCAUGAUAGAAAUUAGGCCAUGAAUGCUUAAGGGACUGCUCAGUAGCACAGCCAAGAAGGAACAGAGAGGAAUGGAGAUAAGGGGAAGUGGUUACCUCUUUCCUGACUUGUAAAGGUAUUGAAUUACCAUAUCAAAAGGUAAAGUUUAUCCCACUGUAAGAAAGGCCUACAUGAGCUUGGUCACAUGAUCCCUGGUCACCAUAUUAGUUUGACAGAAUGUCACCACAUUCCCUCACUUUUUUUUCUCUUAUGUUGAGCACAUUUAAAAGUGAGAGAAUAUAGUCAAACAGGGGUUGCAUCACCCCACAUUCCCCCAAUUUCAAUUGUUUUCAGUUGUUCCAUUUUUAAAUUAACCACUGUCCAAGUGUGUUGGUAAGAACCCUGGUAGUUCAUUAAUAUUAUAUGGUAAUGUGUUCAUGUGAAGUAGUAAUAUCUAGACACAAUCAACCCCAUACAGUAAUUAUCACUAGUUUAUGACACACUAUGAUGUUUAAUUUCGCCUGGGACUGGAAUCUGAAGACUGUGACUGAUCUGUGUGCUUGAUAGCUGUGAGUUUAGAAUGAACUCUCCUUGAAUAUUGUCUUUGCCAAUCCAUUACAAAGCUUGAGGUUUGUAGGUUUAAUGACACAUGCAAGUUCAUGAGUGUAGGGUAAACUCAUUCUGUGACCACCUUGAAAUUACACAAAUUCCUGCUUCUUGCUGUUACUUUACCCUCAUUCUGGGCUGUGUUAAUAGUUUGACUUGGUAAUCUCAGCACUUCUUCAUCUGUAUAGUAUCCAUUUUCAGGAUAAUAGUUUGUCUUGGUAAUCCCAGCACUUCAUCUGUAUAGUAAACUGUGACAGGACAUGUCAGUUACCUUCGCCUCUCUGGGCCUUCCAAUUAAAAUGUUCUUUGAAUCAAACACAGACAAUGAAAUAUCUACAACAGUAAUCAGCAUAUUGUCUUGUGUCAAAGGCUUAUUUAGUUUUGUCUAAUAAAAUCUAUUUGGUUGUGGUGUCUUAAGGCUAUGUUUACAUUUUAGAGGUAUGUAAAAGACCCACAAAUGUCUCCUGAAAUUUUGAUUAAUUUAGACAUUUACUCCACACUUGAUGGAGAGUUGAACACAAAACCAUAUUAUUUUUUUUCUAACUUACUGAUGAAUACAUGCAAUAAUCACAAAAUGUACAUAGUUUAAACCGAAAAUUAUUAUACAUGAACGUGAGUGGGAAAGAUGUAAGGGUGAAAAAUGUAUUCGCAAUUGAACGUAGGUGCAAAUUCUCAUACCCAUAACUAUUUAACCCCCUGCAGAUAGCCAAAUAGAACAAAUAGCAUACAUUGUCACUUUAUUAUUUAUGCCAUCUUCACUCAAAGCAAUCUAAUUUCCCUUUAUUCUUAAUGACAAAAAACUAAACAAAAAAAAAAAACAAAGCAUCAAAGAUGGAGAGAGAAGAAAAAAAAAUAGAUUGAAUGCUACCAUUACACAGUUUGGCAGCGUGCAAUCUAUAGAAAACUGUCUGUUGCUAAUCAAAAAUCAACUUGAGGUUAUAUUUGUUGGGAACCAAAUAAAAAAAAUGCUUUUAAUGUUUUUACUGUUUUAAACCAGCAGAAAGUUACACUAUCACAUCUCUCCAGUGUGAUCAAAUAUAAGCCUCACGUUGGCAACAAUUCACUUAAUCUAUGAAUUUAUAAUUAUUAAUCCAGCAUCAAAAAAUAAAUAAAACAUAGCUGGCAGUGCUAAACUAAUAAAAACAAAGAUUAUUUGGAAUUUGGCCCACCUGACUGUAAUGAAUGAAUUUAGAGGCUUAUCCUUACUAUGACUAAAAAAAUAUAUAUAUAUAUAUAUAUAUAAUAAAAAACAAUACAUACUAAGGUCCUCUUUAUCCUGGAGUGUUACGAGAUAAUGGUGAGACAGAUAAAAUAUAGAAACAAAAGAAAAAACAAACAUACAUACAGAUGUAGAGGACAACAAAAAUUAUGGGAGUUAUUCAUUGCUGGGAACCCCCAAUUGAUCAGUAUUUCCCUCCCUCAUCUGUUCCCUAAGCGCUUUCACGUCUGCCUCCAAUCUCUCAGUCUGUCUCUUUAGGUCCCAGUAGUCUCUAUUCCCUUCUUUAUUCCUCCAAUUAUCCCAAUUCCGUCUAUUGGUCUGAUGCUCAUCCCAUCUUUGGUUCCUUUUCCAAUUAUUCUCCCAAUAACUGUUCCUGUUGUUUUUCUUGCCAACUGUGAUUUUCCCAGUUCUCUCCUUUUUAGCCUCUCCCAGGUAUUAUUAUUAUUCCAAUUAUUAUUGAUUACCUUAGGCUCCUCCCAUCUAUUUUUCCAAUUAUCUCCCAUUACAUUACUUCCUUUAGAACUGUCCCUAUUCCUAUGGUCCCUCUGUGGAUCUCUCCAUCUUUUGUCAAAGUCCUGUUUUGGUCUCCAGUUCUCAUUAUCCCUCUUGUUCUGGGGUACAUCCCACCUCUGGCUUCUCCAUUUACCAUCUAAAUCUCUACCAGAGUCAACCUUGAAUGUUCUUAUGGCUGAAAAAGAGAAGGCCUGUUCUGAGAAAGGAUGUUUAAUCCACCAAUUGUCAGCUCUAGUUAGUAGCAUUUCUAAGUCUGCUGGUGUUCGAUCAAAAAGCCUGACAAAUUCUUGACACUCCCAGGGAAGGGCUUCCAUUACUUUAGCAAUGUGUUCUGGUGAGCCCAACACCAGGGGCUGUUGAGGUUGGCGUGGUGUAUACCAGAAAAAUAUCCUUUUGAGCUACCUCUCUAGGACUAUCUGCUGGCCUCAUCGUAAUAUUCGCUAUUUCUUUCUCUAUGCUGAGUAGAUAGAAAUUAGUUGCAGCAAUUCUUCCUGCCUGAUCAGACACACUGUUAUUGAAUCCCAAUAGUCUACUAGCCAAAGGACCCAUAGCAUAUUCUAAAAGUUCUGUCCAUUCCUCUAAGUUAAAACCUCCUUUUUUAGCUCUAUUUGCUCCCCUCAUAAACCAGUGUGUAAAAGUAUUAAAGUUAUUUGGCAUACCUCCCCACCAUUUCUGGAAAUUUUCUUUGUCUGUGAUGGACAUAGUGCUUGUCUGUCUAGAGAAACUAGUAGCCAUUUCUCUUGCAUUAAAGUGUUCAGUUAUUAAAGGGGCUUGUGGGACACAGUUAACAACUGGCGCAUUUCCCUUGUGUUUGGUUCCCAGCACUGGUUCUGUACCUUUAGAUAUAAAAUGAGACUAGCCUGGGCAUACUUUAGGAAUCUCCUUAUCCCAUUUUUAUGUUUUCUUUAGUUUUCAUUUUAUAUUCCAUAACUAGGUUUUGGAGUUCAGUGAUCUUAGCACUAUAUGCAUCUCUCUGUUCUAUUUCCUUUAAUUCCUUCUCCAACCCCUCGAUCAUUUUGUUUGUUCUUAGGGCAGCUAUUUUAAAACAAUCUCUUUCAUCAAGAGCAUCUUCCAUUUUAUUAGUGGUUACUAGAUUAGCCUGCUGCAAUUUGAGUACCAUGCUUGCCAAACCCCCUAUUGCAGCAACAACCGCUUGUACCACCAAGCUUUUCAUUUUCUUAAUAUGGCACUUUUUAUUAGUAACAAUUUGUGUCAAAACAUCCAUGAAACCUUCAUAUUUUCCACAAUUGGGGCCUGCUGGUUCUGGAAGCUCAUAUGGUCCAUCAUGUUUGUCAAUGUCAUUCUUGAAGUACUCUAGUACUUCUGCAGAAAAAUACUUAGUACCUAGAUAUGACCUUUUAAAACCAAGCUCUCCCUGAGUCUUUAAUCGAAAUAGCCCAGCAGACUAAGUAAAAAAAAAACAAGCUUGGGACAAUGGGAUUAAUUUAAAAAAAAAACUGAAACUGGCUCCAAAGAGAUUGAACCAUUUGAGAAACUUAAUUACAUUAACCUAUUCAAACAAACUCUUGUCUUUUAAGAAAAAAAAAAAAACUUCACAGUCUCAAUACAACAAAUGCCCACAGAUAGCAAAACACAAAACCACCCUUCUGCCUUUUGUUUAAGUGCAGUGUGGGGGGUUUACAGAUAAACAGAAUGAUUUAAAGGGAGAUAUGGGAACUGGUAAAUACCUGACUGUAACUUCAGCACAAUGAUAAUUCCCAACCAUAUAACAAUCUAACAUAGGCACCUUUACUUCAUAAUAUUUACCUCAAAUACAAACUGUUCAUUUUCUAUUAAACACACUCCAGUGUAAAAAUGGAAAUGUUAGCCUGGCUAAACAAUAGCCACCACACUGUAUUAGCCCCAAUACCGUUAUCAUGUAAACACAAUGCUCCUACCCAGAAUUCAAUGGUUCAAACAGACAAAAGAUAACCAAAAAAAAACAGUUUGCUAUUUAAACUUAGAAUGCAGGGAAGCAACAAAAUGUAACCUCUAAAAACAAUUACAAUAUAUUCAGUUUAGUUCUAGUUAGUUGCAACAGGAGAGAGACAAUACAGCACAUGGGCUAUUAAAAACGUCCAAAACAAUGCAGUACCAAUGCAGUGCAACUAUUCAAUUUUCCUCUUUAACCCCUUAAGGACCGAGGACGGUUCAGGACCGUCAUCGGCAUUUUUGCGUUGCCGACCGAUGACGGUCCUGAACCGUCCUAACGGUCAGAGCUACUUACCUGAUCGCCGUCGUUCCCCCGGCGGCGAUCAGCGUGGCUCCGGUUGUGGGGAGACUGCCUGCAGCCCAGACAGUCUCCCCACACUGAUUUAGGACCCCUGUGGCCAUGUGAUCGCUUAACACAGCGAUCACAUGGUCACAAUAGGUGUCCAUAGUGCUGCCUGCAGGGGGACUGUCUGUGCUGACAGGCAGUCUCCCUGCAUGUGUAAAAUCAAAAAAUAAAUUAAAGUUAGUGUUAAUAAAAAAAAAAAAUAAUAAUUAUAUGUGUAUAUAUGAUAUAUAGACAUAUAUUAUACCUAUAUAAUAUAUGUCUAUAUAUCAUAUAUAUAUAAUGUCAUACUAAGUGUAUUUUUAUAUUAAUAUGUACUUAUAUUAAUAUAAAAAUACACUUAUAAUUAAAUUACACACGUAUAUAUAUAAUAUAUAUAAUAACUAUAUAUAUUGUAUAUAUAUAUUAUUAUAAAAUAUAAAUAAGUAAUUUAAAUUAAAUAAAAAUUUUUUAAAUAAUAAUAAAAAAUUUUAAAAAAAUUAUAUAGCUAUAUGAAAUUUUAUUCUAACUGUAUUUUAAAAUUAAUAUAUAUAUAUUUAUAUCAAAAUACACUUAGAAUGAAUUUGUAUAUAUAUCUAUGUAUAUAAAAAUAAAUAAAAAUAAUAAGAAAUAUACAUACGUCCAUAUACAAAAUUACAUAAAUAAUUAUAUAAAUAUACACGUAGACUUCAAAUAUAUAAAUAUGCAUAUAUAUUUAAAUUCUACGUGCGUAUUUAUGUAAUAUUUUUACAUAAUUCAGUAAUUUUAUUGAUUGCAAUUUGAGGGACCUGCCUGCCAACCCAGGCCGAAAUUCCAGAGAAUUUAAUUUGCUAACACUGUAUUUUACCCUGUAACGUUCUACGACACCCUAAAACCUGUACAUGGGGGGUACUGUUUUACUCGGGAGACUUCGCUGAACACAAAUAUUAGUGAUUCAAAACAGUAAAACAUAUCACAGCGAUGAUAUUGUCAGUGAAAGUUACUUUUUUUGCAUUUUUCACACACAAACAGCAGUUUUACUGAUGAUAUAAUUGUUGUGAUACGUUUUCCAGUUUUUAAACACUAAUAUUUGUGUUCAGCGAUGUCUCCCGAGUAAAACAGUACCCCCCAUGUACAGGUUUUAUAGCAUUUUUGAAAGUUACAAGGUCAAAUAUAUGGGUCAAAUAUUUUUACAUUGAAAAUGGCCAGGUUGGUUACGUUGCCUUUGAGAGCGUAUGGUAGCCCAGGAAUGAGAAUUACCCCCAUGAUGGCAUACCAUUUGCAAAAGAAGACAACCCAAGGUAUUGCAAAUGGGGUAUGUCCAGUCUUUUUUAGUAACCACUUGGUCACAAACACUGGCCAAAAUUAGCGUUCAAUUUAGUUUUUUUACUUUUUUCACACACAAACAAAUAUGAAUGCUUACUUUGGCCAGUGUUUUCGACUAAGUGGCUACUAAAAAAGACUGGACAUACCCCAUAUUGAAUACCCUGGGUUGUCUACUUUAAAAAAAAUAUGUACAUGUGGGGUGUUAUUCAGAGAUUUAUGACAGAUAAUAGUGUUACAAUGUCACUAUUGAUAAAUUUUAAAAAUGUAUGUUUUGAAACCGCAAUAUCCUACUUGUACCUAUAGCCCUAUAACAUGCAAAAAAAAGCAAAAAAGCACGUAAACACUGGGUAUUUUUAAACUCAGGACAAAAUUUGGAAUCUAUUUAGCAGUUUUUUUCAUUCGCUUUUGUAGAUGAGUAAAAGAUUUUUCAAGUAAAAGUCAAAAAACAUGUAUUUUUUUCAAUUUUUCAUCAGAUUUUUUUAUUUUUUUUAAAUUAAAAUACAUGAGAUUAUAUAAAUAAUGGUAUGUAAAGAAAGCCCCUUUUGUCCUGAAAAAAACAAUAUAUAAUUUGUAUGGGAACAGUAAAUGAGAAAGCGGAAAAUUACAGCCAAACACAAACACCACAAAAGUGUAAAAAUAUGCCUGGUCGCAAAUGUACAACAUCGCAAAAACAGUCCAGUCCUUAAGGGGUUAAUCACCAAUACUUUAAAACGGUGCAUAAACAAAAUUAAACUAUAAAUGCUACAAUUUGCAACAAAAUACGUUCUGUCAGUCAUAAUGCACAAACAUUAUGCUCCUAUCCUGAAUUCAAUGUUUCAAACAGACAAAAAUAACAACAAAAAAAAGUUUGCUUUUUAAACUUAUAAUGCAGUGAAGCCACACAAUUUAACACCUAAGAAAACAAUUAAAAUAGAUUAAGUUUCAUUCUAGUUAGUUGCAACAAGAGAGAGACAAUACAGCACAUGGGCAAUUAAAAAUGGCAAAAACAUCAAAGGUUCCAAUGCAGUGAAACUAUUCAAUUUCCCCCUUUUAUCACCAAUACUUUAAAACUGUACAGAAACAAAGUUAAACCUAUAAAUGCUACAAUUUGCAACAAAAUAUGUUUGUCAGUCACAAUACACAAAUUUAAAACAGUCAACAAAACACAUAUGUAUAUUUGUUUCAACAAAAUGAAUCCUAUGCUAUAAAGUCUCUUUCUCUUAGAUUAUGUAUCAAUGUGGUAGUUAUUGCGCCUCACAAACAUUUGUUGUAGAAGUCUAAAAUUCGUGGUCGCCAAAUGUGGUAAAUUACCAAACUCUAUAAAUUAUGUACGCAUACACAUAUAAACUCUGGUCCGUCUACUUUAACAAAUAUUUAUUCAGAAACAAAACAACAACAACAUACAAAUAAUGACACACAAUCUAACUAACUAUACCACCAAGAGCAGCAACAACAACCUAACUAACAACUACAUCUUAUAAAAUCCCACUCACAGUUCACCAUGAUAGAAAUUAGGCCAUGAAUGCUUAAGGCAAAAACAAGAAUAAUAGGUUGCGCUACAAAAAAGCAAAUAGACGGAAAUGUAUAUAUAAAAACAGUUUAACACAUAAAUAAAGAAAAAUAUAUAAAAAAAGAGAAAUAUAUAAAAAAUAAUAGUCCAAAUAGUAGGUAUUGCAAGUUUAAAUGGAUAAAUAGUGGUUGUAGUAUUUAGUAUAUUUCUCUUACAAGUUCCAGUAAGUGUAUGGUAGUAGUAUGUCCAAUAGGGAAAAUGGAUCUUCUAAUCUUUAGAGGAGUCUUGGCUCGAUGGUAGACAUGGAAAAAAGAAAGACAACAAAGACGAUCCAAUAGUGUAGACUGUCUGUUGAUAGGAGAAAUAAUAAAUAGGUAAUACACUCACCUAUAUUAGAGCAUAGACUUGCUCUAGUAUAUUGGGCAUUCAGUGGCGUUUGUCCCCCACUGGUAGGGUAUAGGUGAAGAUGAUCCCUCGGUUUUAAAAAGGAGAUAAAAGCAAAAUAUAGUGCUCACUGGAUAUGAGUAAAUUAAAUUAAAAGAAAGGAAUAAAAAUACUCACAUUUGGAUGAGCAGGGUAAACUGCUCAAUAUAACCGCAUAGGUGGUACAAUCCCCACCUAGGAUUCUUGGUCUUGUGUAGGCUCCAAGAUGGUAUAUGACCAGGUAAUGACAAAUUUUAAAAGUGAAAUAAAAAAAGGUUAUAUGGCAAAAUUGUUAUAAAAAGCCACUAUUCCUUUAUUAGUACAAUAUAAAAUAUAUAAAAUAGCCAAAACGCGUUUCGCCACACAGGGCUUUAUCAACUGGCAAUAGUAAAAGUCAGCCUGGUACAUAGAUACUUUUAUAACCUAAGAUAAAACAUGCAGAAUCAUUCAAAAUCAUACAAAGCUUUAAAAUAGAAAAUGCAUCAUGUUAAAAAAACAAUAUAUAAAAUAAUCCAUAGUAAAUAAUGGUAAAACGAGUAUAUAUAUAUAUUAUAAAAAUGAGAUUAAUAGUCAUGUGAUCGCAAUCUAAUGCGAUCACAUGCUGGACACUAGUGCAGGAUGGGAAAUGUAGUAGCAGGGAAGAUGGAAGAGAUGUAAGGUCACGUGAUCGCGGACCUCCGCGAUCACGUGGUUAGCUACACGUAUCAUAUGGGAUUUUCUUAUUCAGACGGAGGUCGGCAAUCACUUAGCACGCCUCCGUCUGACGUCAGUAGGAGCGGCAUCAUAACAUGCCGCAAAUGCCCAUGGGAUACUGAGUGUUCAGACGGGACCAAUAUGGGACCAAAAGAGACAAAUGAAAAACUGAAUGAAUAUUCCUGAUCUUAUGAUGAUAAAUAUGAACAUGGGGCUAAUGUUUUAGUAAAAAAAGAAAAUAAAUAAAUAUAAUAAGAGGAAAGAAAUACAUAGUCUAAUAAUAGCUAUGAGAAUAAAAAUAAAAACGAAAAUAAAAAUAAAAUUGGAAAUAAGAAUAGAAAUAAAAAUAAAAAUGCAAAUAGAAAUAAAAAUAAAUGUAAAAAUAAAAAUUAUAAAUAUAAAAAUAAAAUGUAAGAGCAUAAAGAGGUCAGUUGUGUUUCUGUCUGUUCAUAUCACACAGCGCUGAUCCGUUCUCUACUUGUACAUGAAUGCUUAAGGGACUGCUCAGUAGCACAGCCAAGAAGGAACAGAGAGGAAUGGAGAUAAGGGGAAGUGGUUACCUCUUUCCUGACUUGUAAAGGUAUUGAAUUACCAUAUCAAAAGGUAAAGCUUAUCCCACUGUAAGAAAGGCAUACAUGAGCUUGGUCACAUGAUCCCUGGUCACCAUAUUAGUUUGAAGACAGAAUGUCUGAACACCAUUCAGUUUCCAGGUUUUUUAAUCAAGUUGGAAAACCGGUCUAUUCACCUUACUUCGCUAAAAAAGAAAAAGAUCAGAAAAGAGAUCAAAUAUCUUCAAAUAGAACCAAGAGGAUUGCAGGCUAGACGUAUUCUCUGUCUCUGAGGCUGUUUUCGGGCGUAAGUUGUUACAAGCGGUGGCUGCCUAAGUCCCGCCCAAAGUGUUCUGGAAUCUUGAUACAUCCCUAGUGUACUGCCACCAUAUGUCAGGAAAAACUGUAAUUUUACUUACCGUAAAUUCCUUUUUCCUUGAUAUGAUGGCAGUACAACUUUACCCUCCUCCCCCCCCCCUUAUUUUGAUAAUUAUUUUUGCCGUAGUAGGUCUCUGGUGUGUUAUUGAUACAAACGGAGUAAUCCUGGCAGGUCGGUGUUUUAUACCUAUUGGGGGAUAGGGAUCAACAGAUAUUGAUAUAUAUUUUUUUUAGAGCCGAUACGGAUAAACUGUGAACUUUCAGGCCGAUAACGUAACGAUACCAAGAUUCUGUUCAUUUACAAAUCUACUGUUAACUGAACAUGUUUAUUAUUUAUUUAUUUUUUUGCAAAUCUUUUUUUAUUAAGGUAAAUGCACAAAAUAUACAUGCCAGUCGGAAUUAUUUAUGUUUUCAAGAAUAUGUGUGCAGUGGAUGCAAUGAGAGUAUUUGAUUAGUGCAUGCAGAGUGUGUGUAUAGUGAAUGCAGUGUGUGUUUGUGUAGUGUGUAUAUAAUGAAUACAGAGUAUGUGUUUGUGUAGUGCAUGGGUCGUCAAUCUGGUCCCUACCGCCCACUGGUGGGCGUUUCAGGAUUCCAGGUGGGCGGUAGGGAUUUUCUAAUUUUGAGAGACCGGGCGGGCGGAUGCGAGCCGGCGGUACCCCUGCGACCGGGUACCGCCAUCACCGGUUUGCUGCGCGGGCCGGGGCCGCAUAUGGAGGGUUCCAUCGGUGGCCCAUGCUGUCAGGGCCACCCGAUGGAUGUGGAUUGUAAGGGGGCCCGGUCGCAAUGUUAAAGCGCCCAGCGCUGGCCGGGCCUGUGAUCACAUCACCGAGCUGGGAGAAAGUGACUGCACGUCACUCCUCCCAGCUAACACUGAGAGCCGUGCGGGAGGAAGACCAGGGAGUCAGAGUAGGAACUCUGGCUCCCAUCCACCUGAGCCACCACUGGAUCCCAGGGAAAGUCACCCUUCUGCACCUAAAAGGUAGGAAACAGGAGGGUGACUAAAAUUUUGUGUGUUUGUUUGUGUAUGUGUGUGUGUGUCUGUCUGUAUCUGUGUGUGUGUGUGUCUUUGUAUGUAUGUGUUGUGUGUGUGUGUGUCUCUUUGUAUGUGUGUAGUAUGUGUCUGUGUGUAUGUGCCUUUGUAUGUAUAUCUUAUGUGUGUGUGUGUGUGUGUGUGUGUGUGCCUGCCUGUCUGUAUGUGUGUGUGUCUGUAUGUAUGUAUGUAUGUGUGCCUGUCUGUUAUAGUGGGCUAUAGUAAGUAAUAGUAAGUUGGAUACUUAACUCAGCCUUCCUACUGGGCAUUGGUAUAAGGAAGGUUAAAAAAUAAAAAUGGGGGGGUGGGGAGGGUAGCUGACACACAGAUGAGAAAUCAUAUUAUGCGCAAACAGAGAAGUCGUCUGAAUAUCACCGAUAGAGAAGACCUUCAUUUGUUCCUUACGAAAAUCGAACGAAAUAUCAAAUAUUUAGUCUUCCAGCAUCAACCUCAAGGAUCUCAUUAAUCACUAGUAAAGGUAAUUUCAAUUUACUUUGUUUUCUCAUUAAACUUUAUAAAGUUAAAAACAUUAUAAACAUGCAUUAAGUAGAAAUAAAAAGAUAAAUGUACGUACAUUUAUUUAUUUUAUUAUAUAUAUCUUUUUUUUUUUAAACACCCUCCUUUCUAAAAAAUAUUCUGCACUUGCGCGAAAACUGGUGGGCGGUAAGGACAUUCUUUCAACCAAAAAGAUGCAUUAGUGGGUGGUAGGUAGAAAAAGGUUGACUACCACUGGUGUAGUAUAUAAUGAAUGCGGUGUGUGUGUGUGUGUAUAGUGAAUGCAGUGAGUGUUUGCAUAGUGUGUAUAUAAUGAAUGCAGAGUGUGUGGUUUGUGUAUAGUAAAUGCAGUGUGUGUGUAUUUAAUGAAUGCAGUGUUUGUGUAGUGUGUAUAUAAUGAAUGCAGUGUGUGUUUGUGUAGGUAUUGUGAUAAAGUGAAGGCAGAUAGGCCUAUAACAUUUAACCCCGGGGGGAGUAUAUGUUGUAGGCAACACAAACCAAAAUUUAGUUAUGGGCCCCUGGGGUGGAACAUUUGGAGAGUAGGGUGGGCCAAUGCUCCACUCCGCAGUUUACAUAAAACUGGGAGAAAUAAGGUCCAGGCCUGAGUUUUUUGGAACGGUCUCCAACCCACUGCUCAGCUCCAGAUAAUCAGCUGUAGCAGUGGGAAUAAACCCCCUUGGCUUGGAGCACUGGGAGUGCAGAAAGGAAAGCAGCAGGCUAGCUAAGAGCACUGGAGUGCGGAAAGGAGAGCAGGGUAUUGCUAUCUAAUAAGGUUGGUGCAACCCAAUGAUAAGUUUUGUUAGUUUAACCCUGAUAGAGAGGGAUAUUAAAAGUGAGUCAGUGCUCAGACGAGCUAGGUUUUGUUUAAAGGGGAAACCUGUUACAUUUAUGGUUUAGUUGUGUUGCUGUGUGGACUUGCCAAUAAAAUUGCCUGGAUUAUAUUGGAAACCAAAGGACUGUGCCUGUUGUUUACCCUAGAGGACCGUGCUAUCUGCAAACAAGGAUCACAGUAUGAGUGUGUAAACUUGGGGGAGAUAGACAUUUUUUAUUUUAUUUAAAAAAAAAUUAUAAUUAUUUUACAAUAAUGACGAUAAUUGGUCGAUCCCUAUUGGGGUAGGAUCGUUUUAUUUAAAUUUAUUUCAGAUGCUUGUCCCAGGGAAGAGUACAUCCCUAGUGUACUGCCACCAUAUUAAGGAAAAAGGAAUUUACGGUAAGUAAAAUUACAGUUUUUAUUUACCUGGGAUUCCGCAUCACAUUAUUAUUAUUAUAUAUAGCACCAGCAAAUUCCGUAGUGCUGUGCCACGGAAGCGCUUCUAGUGGCUGUCAGUGUGACAGUCACUAGAAGAGAAUUUAACUCUGCAAUGUAAAUAUUGCAGCAUAGUAACAAAGACAGUACCACUGCACCCAGACCACUAAGAUGAAGUGAGCAUUUCAUGAUCUAAUUUGUGAAGGAGAUAGGCGGGUUACAUAUUUAAGUAUUUAUUUUUAAACAGGAACAGCAAGCAGAGGAAGCAUCUUCCCAAUCUGAUCAAAUGCCUCCUUCUUUGCCUUCCGGUGGUUCUUCUAGUCUCUCGCCUCGGUCGGCUGAUUGUAAGUACGGGAAGGGAGAUAAUGUUUUCAAUUAAAUGCUUGAUUAAUAAAAAUAAUUGAUGUGAUUGGUGAAGCAAAUUAAAAAUAAAUCAAGUAUAGGAAAAAGCAGCUUUAUGACCUACCAACAAAAGCGAACAAAAGAAUUGGACUAAUAAGAGAGAGAAAAAGGGGGAGGGAUUUAAGUUAUUUUUUUCAUCUAAAUGUCCCUUAGGAUCUUAUAAGCAUUGGUUAGUCAGCAGGGGUAGGCAACCUUCGGCACUCCAGAUGCUGUGGACUACGUCCCCCAUAAUGCUCUUACACUCAUAAUGCUGGAAAGCAUCAUGGGAGAUGUAGUCCAAAACAUCUGGAGUGCCGAAGGUUGCCUAUACCUAGGUUAGUGUAUCGAGAGAGAUGGUUGUGUAAUGGUUCAAGAAAAGUCCCCAUAGUUUAAUUCACUGGACAAGGUAACUUGGCAUCAGCCACGGUGAGACCAGUGUGGAAGAAAAGCUGAAUAAAAACCUUUUCAAAGCGAUUUAGUGGGGCUGUGGACCUAAACAGCACAACAGGUACUGUAGUGUCAGGAAAACAUAUUAUAUAGUGUUCCUUUAAAGUCAGACCUGGUGCUGGGAGGGAGGGGUUGACAAUACUUGCUGGUGUAAGCCCCUGCCUUUUGCAGGUUUUGUUAACCAUGGGCUAGGUAACAGUCUCUUUAAGUGUGCAACAGUGCUCAAGGAAAAUAUCAAAAUGAACCCUGACUAUAGUACACUAUUACAUGGCAUGUUUGAUUUUAGGGUGAAUGGAAAUAUUUACUUUCAUCCGGAUAUAGUCAGAAUCUCGUGUGAUAUUUGAUACAUCAAUUUGAUAUCAAAAUUCUACUAUUUUAGUAGUUUUUGAGAGGGUCUAUUCCAUUAUCAGAUCUAAAGGAAAAGUCACCCUACACUUACAUUAAGCAAUGAAGCUUCAGUUAUCACAAUCCUAAAGUAAAUGUGUUAGCUGCACUUUAACAGAACCAUGUUCCAGAAAAAAAGUCUGGUUUUAAGACCAUAAAGUUUUUUCUGAUUUUGAGAAUACUGAGAAUAAUAUGGUCUGUGUUUUUUAUUUUUUUUUGUUUGUUUGUUUUUAAUUUUGAUGGUAUUGGUUUGGUUAUUGUCAUGUGAUUCUGGACAAAAAUAAGAAAAUUGUUGAUACUGAUAUUGGAUUGUCAUGUACUCCAAAGAUGGUUGCAGUUAGAACAACUAUGGCUGUACUUCCCUUGUUUGUAUAUUUUGUAGAGUAAUAUCAAUUCUUCAUUUUGUUUUGUCAUACAGAUCCCGAGGACUGGGUGUCAGCGCCUGUUUUGGAAGAGGAGGUAAGAGAUAAAGUAACAAAGGCAUCCUUUUUUUUUUUUUUUUAACUACAAAUUUAAAGGGUGUAACUCCACCUCUGGCAGGGUCAUUGGCGUGUCAUCAGCCAGCCUGGAACUAGAGUUAUGGGCUGGCUUAUAUAAAUUCUGUAUAACUUUCAUUGCACAGAAUAUCAAUCAUUGUCUGAGAGCGAUUAGCAGACCCUCUCCGCCAAUGAACUGCAAUGGAUCUGGCCUUUGUGGUUCUGCAGAAGCCAGAAUAAAGCCUGGCGGGGACCCAGGUAAAGGGCCAACGUGUUGCUAAUUAUUAAUUUUUUAAAAAUAUUACAAAAAAGUACAGAUUUCAAUAGAAAUAGAAAAUUAUACUUGUUACACCCUAUGGCUGUCAAUCAAACAUAACUGUUACUUCCUGGUUGCUUAGCUCAGUGGAGCUAAACUUGAGACACAACCCUCUCAUUGAACUGCAUGGGGAAGUCUUUAAUUGGACUGCCAUGGAUCCACAGUUUGGGCUGGGUUAUAAGGGGAUGGCGUGCAGCUUUUGCAAACUUUUUUUUUUUUGGUACACAAAUGGGAAAAAAAAAUCCAUUAUUAAUUGCACAUUUUCAUUUGGGUAUAUCUACUAAACAGUAAUAUUUUUUGUAUUUUCAGUGGUGUCCCUUUAAUGAUUACCCUUCCCCAACUUGCUUUUAAAUUUAAAAAAAACAAGUGGAAAGAGGGUGAAAAAUAUUUUAAAACAUACAAAGGUCUCCCCCCAUUAACCAACAUUUCAGUCUACAUACGUAGUUGGGUUUUGGUUGAUCCUUUGUUUUGUUUUUUGUUAAAAUAAAACACAUAUAUUAACUUGUUCUGGUUUUCAGGAAAUACUUGGAUCUCAGGCUGAGCUUCCAUUUUUGCUCUACACACCAGCAGAAGAGAGAGGUGAGUAGUGGUCUACUGUGUAAAAUCUCACACAGUUCAGAGUACAAUACCAUUUUUAAUAGGGACACUUCUAAUGCAUGGAUCCUGCAAAUUGUGUAAAUGCAGCAUAUGUUUUCUAUGUGUGUCUAGAAUAAUGUAAAAUGUGUUCUCUUUGUAUAUAGAGCACAAUGUUAAUAGCUGUAUUGAUACUGUUUUAGCAUUUCCUUCAUCUGCCCAGUGUCGUCUACACAUUACAUUUCCCCUUUUUAAAUAUUGUAAAUGUGUCCAUGCAUUUGCUCUUGGACUGAUGGUGUGCAUUUUAAUAUAUUGCAAAUAAAAGUUUUUGUGUGCUCUUUUAUGAAAUAGAUUUUGACGAAAAGGACCAGCUACUUUGGGAUCCAAAUGUCCUUCCAGAGACCGAGGUUGAGAGUUUCCUAAACCGGGCAGCAGAGUAUCAGCAAAGAAAUGCACAUGGACUUCAUCGAGAGAGGGGGAUUAUCAGGGAUAGUGAGCAGGUGAAUUGGUUCCAUUGGUGUUUCCUUUUAAAGAGCUUUAACAGAUCUGCAGCAGAAAAUGCUUGAUUGUUUUAAGUGUCUUCCUAUGUUUCGUCCUUGUUUGACAUGCAUUAUAAGGCCGUUAUACUUUUAAGUUGCCUAGUUCAGAUUUAGGAAACUUUCGGCACUGAAGAUGUUGUGGACUGCAUAUCUCCUGAUGCUUUGCCAGAAUUAUGGCUGUAAGAGCAUUUAAGAUGUAUUCCACAACAUCUGGAGUGCAGAAGGUUGCCUACCCCUGCCCAUUUGUUCCAUCUAUGCAUUUUGUCAGCCAGGUAGCUAGCAGAUGUUUGUUUUAAUACUACUUAUCUGGUGCAGCUAGAUACAGUUAGGUGGUCUGAAAUUCAAAAUAACUUGACAAAUGUACUUUUCUAAUACAAAGAUAAAGCACCGCGAACACAGCAGCAGUAGCUUAGUAUCCAACAGCAUAAAAUACAUAGUAAAAACAAAGAGAACGUUACCUGCACUCUGGCCUAAAUCCCCAUGUACAUUUAAACAAAAUGGAGGCUCUUUAGUGUAAUGUACUUUUCUAGGCUAAGACAAACACUAACACAAAGUAUAAUUGAAAGGGACUGUAGUAAUAGGCGUCAUCCAGGAGGUGUAUAGGCCAGAGUCUUCAAACACAGCACUCUAACCAUGUGGGCUUGCAGGAAGAAGAGGCUUUUUUUCUAAUCCUACAUAUCGGGUGUUUCUAAACCCAGAUAUGUAAAAUUAAAAUCAAAGUAAGUUGUCAUGUAUACAUUGGUUACCUGUGGCUAAGACAAAGUGUAGAUAGAAAGUCACUGCCAUUCCUGUGGUGUGGGAUGUUUUUUUUUUUUUUUAUACAUGUUGCCUAACACUCUUACCCACCCUUCAUUCUGUCUUCCAGGCUCUGUAUGAAUUGGUAAAAUGUAGUUUCAAUGUAGAAGAGGCUCUUCGGAGGUUGUAUUUUAAUGUAAAGGUCAUAAAAAGUAAGUAGCGUUCAUGUUUACUGCUUUAUAGCUUAUUUUUUUUUCAUAGUUAUAUGCAAAGGGUCAUUAGGUCCCCCACCCUCAGGGCCCCCCUCCUGCUGGGCUGAAGGGGUUAAAAUCCCUUUCAGCCACUUACCUUUCUCCAACGCCGGGCUCCUUCUGCUCUGGGGAACUCUCCACCCCUUGCCGACAUCAGAGCCGAAUGCGCAUGCGAGGCAAGAGCAGCGCACGCAUUCAAGCAGCCCAUAUGAAAGCAUUGUGAUUUUCACAGUGAGAAUCGCGGAAGCGCCUCUAGUGGCUGUCAGGCGCUGGAUUAACCCUCAGUGUAAACAUAGCAGUUUCUCUGAAACUGCUAGGUUUUCAGCUGCCGGGUUAAAACAAGAGAGACCUGGCACCCAGACCACUUAAUUGAGCUGAUGUGGUCUGGGUGCCUAGAGUAGUCCUUUAAGACGUCAUGUAACAUCUGCCAUGAUAUGAAGGUACUAAAUAAACCUCCUUAAUCCUUUAAGAAACUUGUCUUGCACUCAAGGAUACAAGCAUUUUUUGCUGUUUGUGCAAAAAAAUGAAAAAGAUGCAAACACAAAUUUUGCACAAAUAGCAAAAAUUGCGUGUAUCCUUGAGUGCAAGACAAGUUUCUUAAGCAAUGUUCUUAAGCGGUUAAGGAGGUUUAGUACCUUCACAUCAUGACAGAUGUUACAUGACUUCUUAAUUAAUCAGGACUAACAUUUGUUUUGGAAAAUGCAUGCAUAGGGGAGCAAACCACUCUAUCAUCUGAGUUACAUCCAUUACUACUAUUUGGUUAUCUUUAUAAUAUCUACACCAUACCAGAAUAAAUUAUUUCUCUUGAAUGUCUUCACAUACAAACCAUAGAAUUUGCUUUUUCAAAUGUUGAGUAAUUCCAUUUUAGGCAUAAUGAGUCAUCUCAGGCUGGAAUAGUACUCUUAUUAUUUAUAUUGCAUUAUGGAGAUGACUUAAAAUGCAAAGAUAAAGGAACAUAUGCCACCUGCAUUUAUCAGGAAUUGGAUGAUUUAUUGUUGAGAAUGACAACAAUAAAGAACACACGUUUUUGUGUCAGUUUGCAGAUAUGUUUCUUGUGUUGCAGCACUCCCAUAGAAAAUGUACUUUUGUUUCUUGGUUUGUAUCCCUCUUCAUGUUUUAAAGAUGAUAAAUGGAUGGAGCAAAGCUGCAUAUGUUUAUGGUUUUCCAAAUAUAAAAAUAUUUCUGGCAAAUUGCAAAAAGGAAGACCAUAUAUGAAUCUCUAUAACUGCAAAACUAUAUUUUAUAGUUCUGAUCUUUAGUUGCUGGGUUUGUUUUGUCACCCUAAAAUGUUAGGUGGUCUAUUUGCGUGGAGUGAGGAUGAGCGUAGGAAUUUCGAGCAAGGGUUCCGUGUUUAUGGCAAGAACUUCCACCUCAUUCAAGCCAAUAAGGUAAGAAAUUACUAAACGAUGGACCAUAACACCUUCCAAAAAAGCUGGAAACUGUAACAAGUAACUAAGAGUUUAGUUGUAGAUGUUGUAGAUGAAAUGAAAGUAUAGGCAUGUUGGGCAAAUUAUUAGGCCUCCUUGUAGUACAGACAGAUCUUCGCCCCUUUAUUCCCCUAUUUGCAUGGCCUUCUGACAUUUGUCUGUAACCAAUCAGUUCAGCGGGUAAUAAAGCUUUUAAGAACAAUGGACAAAUCAUCUACAGCGGUUUGUUGAUGUUUGUUGAUGUUUAAUAGUAUACAUUGGCUUGAACACAAAUAAUAUUCUAAGUAACCCUUUCAGGGCGGAGUCAAUAGUACACGUUCUGAUCAAAACAAAAUGUAAAUGAAAACUGGAAUUCGCACUAUGUCUGUUCAACCGUAAUUCACCUCUCUCAUAUUAAGUGCACCCACACUUCUUAUAUAUCAUUUUAUUCAGGAGAAACCAGGCUUUAAUUUCUCAUGAACUAUUUGUUUAUAAAACAUAAUUUAUUAUGAAUAAAAUCAAAAAAACUGGGAGAAAUUAAGAUUUUUUUUUUUUUUUUUAAUUUGUAGCUUCUCCUCACAUUUUAGCUGUAAAUGUCAUAAUACUGUUUACUUUUACUGCAAUAAAAUGCAAAUAUUUGUAUUCAGCAAGGUCUAACAAGUACAAAAGUACCCCCCUUUAAUAGGUUUUACAGUGUUUUAGAAAGUUACAGGGUCAAAUAUAGCACAUUCAAUUUUUAAUUUUUUUCAAAUUAAAAUUUGCUAGAUUAGUAAUGUUACAAUUGAGACCGUGUGGUAGCCCAGGAAUGAGAAUUAUCCCCAUGAUGGCAUACCAUUUGCAAAAGUAGGGAACCCAAGGUAUUGCAAGUGGGGUAUGUCCAGUCUUUUUUAGUAGCCACUUAGUCACAAACAAUGGCCAAACUUAGCAUUUAUAUUAGUUUUUGUGUGAAAAAAGCAAAAUACUAAUAUUUGGCAAGUGUUUGUGACUAAGUGGCUACUAAAAAAGACUGGACAUACCCCACUUGCAAUACCUUGGGUUCCCUACUUUUGCAAAUGGUAUGCCAUAUGUCUCAAAGGCAACAUUACCAAACUGGCAAAUUUCAAUGUGAAAAAAAUGAAAUGCAAGCCUUAUAUUUGACUUUCUAACUUUCCAAAACACCAUAAAACCUGUACAUGGGGGGGUACUGUUAUACUUGGGAGACUUAACUGAACACAAAUAUUAGUGUUUCAAAACCGUAAAAUGUAUUAUAAUAAAAAAAUUGUCAGUAAAAGUGCCGUUCAUGUGUGAAAAAUGCAAAAAACUUAACUUUUACUAAAAAUAUCAUCGUUGUAAUACAAUUUACCAUUUUGAAACACUAAUAUUUGUGUUCAGUGAAGUCUCCAGAGUAAAACAGUACCCCCCAUGUGCAGGUUUUAUGGUUGGAAAGUUACAGGGUUAAAUAUAGUGCUUGCGAAUUAAAUUCUCAGAACUUUCUGCCUGGGUUGUCAGGCAUGUUAAUUAAACUUUAAUUAAUAAAAUCACAUAAUUAUGCUAAAAGAUUACUUAAAUAUACACAUAGAAUUUUAAUAUAUAUAUAUAUAUGUAUGUAUUUAAAUUCUACGUGUAUACUUAUUUAAUCAUUAAUGUAAUCAUAUAUAUUUAUCUAUAUACAUAUAUUUGCGGUUAUUUGUAUUUUAUAUAUAGAUAGAUAUAUACAGAAUGCCAUUCUAAGUGUAUUUUGUUACAUAUAUAUAUAUAUAUAUAUAUAUAUAUAUAUAUAUAUAUAUAUAUAUAUAUAACAAAAUACAGCUAGAAUGAAACUUAUUUAUGUAAUUUACAUGUGCAUUUAAUUUAUUUGUUUAAUAUUUUUUUUAAUUUUUUUUUUUUACUUUACACUACCCACCAGAAGGGGGACUGUCUGACAGCCCAGAGGGUCAUAUGAUCGCUCUUUUGAGAGCGAUCACAUGGCCCCCGGGGGCCUGUUAUGCCAUGGGAGGGCUGACUGGGCUGUCAGGCAGUCCUCUCGAAGAGUAUCACGGCAGAUGUAAGUACUGCGGACCUCCUGGGGUAGAUAGCCGUUACGGGGUUCUAUGCCGCUGCAACGGCUUUAAAGCCCAUUAGGAUGGGGAUGGCAUGUAACAGCGUUAAGGGGUUAAUGGUGGGGGAGAAAGGUCCAACGUCAAACUUUUUCUUUUUUUUAAAUUACUUUACCAGUCAAGUGAACAUGUGGUGCCCAUAACAACAUUCAUUAAUAAUUUAAAAUGUAGUAUAUGUACAGAGUAGACAUGCAAACACUGUUUGUAAAUUGUAAAGCAUCAUCAUGUCAUAAAAGAUAAAUAAGCAUUGUCAAUUUUAAGUUGUCAAAAUGUAGCAAUUCAGCAAUGGAAUCCUGCUGAAUAUUUUACGUGGAUAAUGAGGAAAGUAACUUGCAAAGCUGAGAGAGAGGUGGAUUUCUGUGUUUAGGAAACACGUUUUUGUCAAUCACGUUUUUUGCCCUAUUAGAGUCCAUAUGUCAUAGAAAGUGGUUAUAGUGCCAUGUGUGUCCGUUUUAAUAGAAGAGCACAACAAGAAAGUAAACAAAAACUAAUUUAAUUAAAAAAAAAUACUAAGUUCCUUGUAGACAAUGCAUAUGGAGACAACUUACAAAUGUCACUCCUGAGCACAAUCUGAUUGUACUGUAUUGCGUCUAUUUUCCACUUUGUGAGAAAGCUAGGAACCCAAAGAUUAAAACAAAAAAACAACCUGAAUAUUAGCUUGUAAUUGUGACUUUUCUUUUUCUAUCCUCCACCAGGUUCGAACAAGAUCAGUAGGGGAGUGUGUGCAAUACUAUUACUCCUGGAAGAAGUCAAAACGUUUUGAAUUAUUUGAAAAAAGUCGUCAGGGAAGAAGGAAACAUUGGAUACCACCAACUUUGUGAGUGUUGGGGUGCUACAUUCAUGAAUUAUGCUCAUACUAAAAUAAAUGUCUUUGUUUGUGGUAUUUUCUUGCUGUAUGAUUGUUGAAUAUGCUUUCUCUCCUAGCGAGUACGAAUGUGACAUGCCAGUAUCUGAGCGCCCAUUUGGAAUGCAGGAAUCUCUGCAUAGCAGUCGGGAGAGUUUUGGAAAUUCAGGUAUCGCAUAUAUAUCCCUACCCUUCCAGAACCCGUUUUAUACGUUUCCUUAUGCAUGGCAUUAUUUUGCUGUUCUCCUCAAAAUUAUAUGGUUUACUUUUUUUACAUUGGCCCCUCUCCUCUUCUUUUUCUUUUUUUUUUUUUUUUUUCUUGGUAUACUAUAGAUACACCAGAUACUCAGAACUGCUCACUCUGUGUUAAUGGCUCUUCCAACGAAGAUCAGUACUCCUCCAGACAUCAACAUCUUUCUGGUCCAUCCUGUGAGCAUCACCAGGAAGCUUCUGUACUCCCCAAUGACCUCAACCGCCUUGAAUACCCUACUCAAGAGCUUCCUGUCGUGUCUGAUUUAGUGGGGCUGGAUCUCCCACUGAGCACUUUCUCUAUGACCAACAUGGCUCUUCCGGACUUUCUAAUAUCACCUUCUCGACUUUGUGCUGCAACACUAGCUCCCUGACAACCCAUCUCUACUACAAAAAGUAUAUGUUUUCAGACAAAAGUAAUAAUGCUUCUUUGUGUCCUUUAUUGUGUUCAAAGGAUAUUUUAUAUCAAUUUUGUUAUUUUAACAGUGCCUCCUCACACUCAGACAACUGUCUGUGUUUAUCAUUUUUUUUUCUCAUCUUUCACAGGAGUUUGCUGUUAACUGUGGUAUAAUGUUAAUCAGGUUGCAUCCAAACAAAAAGUCUAGGUUUGUUAUUGUUUAAUGAGGUAGUCACCAUCAAGUAGAACAAGAAGGUUCUCAAUCUCCUGAGCAGUUCUUCAACAUUUAGAGCAUGAUGGCAGAUUUGUAUUUUUUUAUUUUGUUAAGUACGUGUUUGAAUGUCAAGCCAAUAAUAUUCCCUUUCAGCCAAAAAAAAAAUCCUCAGGUCUGUAUUUAUAUUUAUGCCAGACAUUAGAUUCUAGAGCCAUGAAUAUCAACAGCAUUAAGCAAUCUCAUUAUUUAGUAUUUGUCAUAAGACUACCCAGGCAACACUUUCAAGUUUCAAAAAUGCAUUGUUCUUGGUAGUAGGAGGAUAAACCACUUCCAACUUUUUUCUCUUUUUUUUAACCAAGCAACUUAAUUUUCUGGGAUGUUACUAUCCCAGCAGUGAAAAGGAGGCCACACACUCAAGACCUUUAUUUUCUUUUGACCUAUUCAAGCUUGUACUAUGGACAGAAUUUGUUCAGUUUUGUUUCAUUAGGAUAUUUUUGGAUUUUUUGGCUGCAGUUUGUUUGCUCCCAAACAUUUAAUUGCCUGAGUGUUCAUUUGUGUCUAAUCAAAGAAGAGACUAUUCAUAUUUUAUCAGUGGCAAAAUAACAUGAUUAUGCUCUAAUUUGCAUAUGUCUAUUUUUAGGUUUUGACUGUACAACUUACCUCUUCCAAUGUAGGCACAUGCCUUUUCAGCUGCCAAGUUGUCUUGCUAUGUAACCUGAAAAUCUGUGAAAUAUGUAACUUAUGGAACCUUACUCAAAUUAUUUGGGAAAGAAAUUUUAUACCCAUCAAAACAAUGCAGUAUUAACAUGCUACCUCAGAAAUGAACAUUUACUGGUUGCUAACGAGACAUUUGGUCUUUCUCUUCCCUGUGCUUAGUGUGUGACAACCUCAAGUUUAUACCCUUAAAGAUAUAGAAUAGGUAUUUUGGAGGUGGUCAGUCUCUGUUUGCAGCGGGGCUGUAUCCAGUGGAGACUGAUUUCACAAGGAUUUGGAAUGUAAAAAAAGUUUAGAACCGUUGUGCUGUUUGCCGUCAUCACUGACGAUAAACGAACAGAAAACCAUAUUAAAUAAACCUGGCAUUCUGCUUAACCAUUUCUAAAUCCAAGAGAAUACCUCUUAAAGUUGAUAUGCUCUUCAAUAAUUAGUUUAGUUUCUGAAACUAGUCGGUUUGUAUACCUGUUGAUAUUUUUUUUUUUUUUUUAAAUAAAAAAGUUUU